UUUUUUAAAUAAUUUAAAUAAUUUUCAAAUAUAUCUAAUGGUUUAAUAAAUAGAUUACGCUGAGAAUUAUAUUAUGGUAUUGGAAUACGCCAAUAAUGGAAAUCUAAGAGAUUAUCUAAAAGGAAAAUUUGAUUCAUUGCGAUGGGAAAAUAAGAUUCAAAUGGCGUUGGAUAUCACAUGUGGGUUAAAAUGUUUACACUCUAAGAAUAUAAUCCAUAGAGACUUGCAUUCAAAGAAUAUAUUAGUGAGUGAUGGUAAAUUGUUAAUUGCCGACUUUGGAUUAUCUAAACAAAUAACAGAAGCUACGUCUAAUUCAAAAGCUAAUAGCAUUGGAAUUAUUGAAUAUGUUGAACCACAAUGUUUAAAGAGUGUACGUAAUGCACACUCCUUUUAUAAAAAGGAUCAAAGGUCUGAUAUCUAUAGUUUAGGUGUUUUAUUAUGGGAAAUUACAAGUGGACGUCCUCCUUUUCACAACACAGAAGAACGAGAUUGGUUAGGUUAUCACAUUUAUCAUUCGGAUCUUAGAGAAAAUCCAAUUGAAGAUACGCCUUUAGAGUAUAGUCGACUUUAUCAAAAAUGUUGGGAUGGUGAUCCAGAGAAAAGACCGGAUAUUGAUCAAGUAUAUGACGAUAUAUUUAGUCAAUUUAAUGAGGAAUUUAUCAAAAGGAGAAUGAAAGAGGAAAAAAUUCGUUAUUUUGAAUAUAGUGAAUUCAAUAAUAUUAAAAUAAUUGGUGACGGUGUUGUGAAUAAAGCAGAAGCAUAUGAUAAAAAUCAGGUUGCACUAAAAUGUUUCAUCCAAAAGAAAAGUCCGGCAUUUAAAGAAAAAUUUAUUGAAAACCUUGUAAAGCAGUUGAAACUCCUUUACACGGUUAGCCGUCACGAGUACAUCAAUAGUUUUUUCGGAAUAUCGAACGAUAAUAUUAGUUAUUUCAUGGUGUUUGAAUACGCAAAUGAUGGAAAUUUAAGAGAUUAUUUGAAAGAAAAACUUAAUAUAUUACAAUGGGAAAAUAAGAUUCGAAUGGCGUUGGAUAUCACAUGUGGAUUAAAACAUUUACACUCUAUGAAUAUAAUUCAUAGAAACUUGCACUCAAAAAAUAUAUUAGUAAACAAUGGUAGAUUAUUAAUUGCAGACACAGAAGCUAUACCUAAAUUUGGAAUACCUAAAAUAAAAGAUGAAAAAAAACAUAAACUAACGGAUAAUAGAAUUGAAAUUAUUGGAUAUAUUGACCCACAAUGUCUUAAGGAUAUAAAUUAUAAAAGAGAUAAAAAGUCCGAUAUCUAUAGUUUAAGUGUUUUAUUAUGGGAAAUUACAAGCGGACGUCCCCCCUUUUCUAACAUCUCACAAAAAGAAGGUAGUUUACGUGAUGACAUUGGUCAUAAGAAUCUUAGAGAAAAACCAGUUGAUGGUACACCUUUAGAGUAUCAACAACUUUAUGAAAAAUGUUGGGAUAUUGAUCCAGGGAAAAGACCCGAUGUUGAUCAAGUUUACAAUGAAAUUUUAAGUCAGUUUAAUGAGGAAUUGAUCGAAAGGAAAAUGAAAAAAGAAGACGUUCGUUACUUUGAAUAUAGUGAGUUUAACAAAGUUGAAAAAAUUGAAGGAGGACACGGUGUUGUGAAUAAAGCGGAAACUAAUAAAAAACAAGUUGCACUAAAAUAUCUCGUGGGAACUAAAAUUUCAAAAUUUGAAGAAAAGGCUAUUGAAAACUUGGCAAAGCAGUUAAAAUACUUUUGCACAGUUAGCUGUCACUAUAACAUCAAUAAUUUUCUUGGAAUUUCAAAAGAUGAUAUUGCUUAUGUCGUGGUACUGGAAUACACCAAUAAUGGAAAUUUAAGAGAUUUUUUAAAAGAAAAUUUUGGUUCAUUACAAUGGGAAAAUAAGAUUCGAAUGGCGUUGGAUAUUACACGAGGAUUAAAAUAUUUACAUUCCAAGAACAUAAUCCAUAAAAACUUGCACUCAAAUAAUAUAUUAGUGGAUGAUGAUAAAUUAUUAAUUGCGGACUUUGGAUUACUUAGACCAGCUACAUCUAAUUCAAAGGGUAAUAUAAUUGGAAACAUUGGGUAUAUUGACUCGCAAUGUUGUAAGGAUAUAUGUCAUAAAAGUGAUAAAAAGUCCGAUAUCUAUAGUUUAGGUGUUUUAUUAUGGGAAAUUACAAGCGGACAUCCUCCCUUUUAUAACAUCUCACAAAAAGGAGAUAGUUUAUAUGAUGACAUUGGUCAUAAGAAUCUUAGAGAAAAACCAAUUGAUGGUACACCUUUAGAAUAUCAACAACUUUAUGAAAAAUGCUGGGAUGGUGAUCCAGGGAAAAGACCUAAUGCUAAUCAAGUUUACAAUGAAAUUUUAAGUCAAGCUAAUACCGAGGAUACCCACGAAAAACAUGAAGAUUCCUUGGUGACUUCUAAUAGUAAUAAUUUUAAUGAUUUAGAAUAUCAACAACUUUUUGAAAAAUGUUGGGAUGAUGUUCCGGGAAAAAGACCCGAUGAUAUUCACGAAAAACAUGAAGAUUCCUUAGUGAUUUCUAAUAGAAAUAAUUUUAAUGAUUUACAUAAACAAUCAGGCCAACCAGAUCUAUGCAUAGAAAACAAGGAGACUAGCAACUCUCUAUGCAUAGAAAGCGAUUUUAUGUUAUCUAAAAAUCAAAAUCAAAUAAUGUUUAAUUAAGUUGGUUUUGCUAAUAAAUUUUUUUAAAUGACAUUAUCAGGGAUAAAAUGAAAAGGAAAGACUCACCAUAAAUGCAGAAAAAGAAACCAAUAAAUUACACUAUAAAUAUGAUUCAUUCUGGAAAACAAAAAUUAUUAGUACAGUAUAAUGACCCAAUCCGAAAUUUUAAUUGAUUUCGAUAAAAAAAAAUUUUGCUUUCUAUGUAUAAAUAAUGAACGAUAAAGAGAAUUUUCUAUCUUUGUUUCAUGUAAAUAUUGUUUUGGCAAAAUUCAGAUGACUAUUUCAUAAAAAUACACUCUCAAUAUGAUUACAAAUUUAUAAUGUUUAUUUUUUUUUGAAUUUUCAUUUUAU